AUGGCCUCUUCAAGAGCAGGCAGCAAUGAAGAUGAGAAGGGAGAUACCUCCCCCUCGGUCCAGUCUGUUCCGAACAGUGACCAAUUGGCCGUCAGUGAUGCAGUGGCGGUUAAACGUCUGGUUAGAAAGACGGACCUACUCAUGAUGCCGGGUUUAGCACUCGCAUACUUCACCCACACAUUGGACAGAGCAAAUUUGGGUAAUGCCAAGACAGACACUUUUGAGAAAGAUCUCCAUCUCGUUGGCAAUCAAUUCAAUCUGCUCCUUGUGCUCUUCUACGUGCCGUACGGGCUGUUCAAUAUUCCUUGGUCAAUACUCGCCAAACGAUUCAAUUCCAAGGUAAUUAUCCCCAUCGCUAUCGCCAUCUGGGGCACAUGCACCCUCGCGUCCGUGGCAACGACAAACUUCGGCGGUAUCAUGGCUUGCCGAAUCAUUAUGGGUGCUGCCGAAGCAGCGUACAAGCCUUGUGAGGUCUACUACCUCUCUCUGUUCUAUACCCGCAAAGAAAUGGCGCUCCGCGUGUCAUGGAUAGGGCAGAUGGGCUUCAUUGCCGGCGCCGUUAGCGGUCUUAUUUCGUGGAGUGUGUUCCAAUGGACAGGUCAUCUCAAGGUCAGUACCUGUUAG